UUUUUUGGCAAUUGGACCGUUGAUAUUCCAUCAGCAUAUUCCAGAGGCCAUGUCUCCUUCCCCAAACAAUUCUUCCCCUUUCGAUCAUAUUCCUCAGCCAAAAUCAUCGUACUGGAAAACCCACUAAAUUCCCAACCUUCACAACUUCUCCCUCUUCUCAAAUUUCCAUUUCCAUGGCGGCGCAAGAGGGCAAGAAGGAUGUGUACUCCGUGUGGGGCGUUCCGCCGGAGGACGUGACGGCGAGGGUCAAGAAGAUCAUGGAGGGUCUCCGAUCCGAGUUCGGCGCGCCCCAGUUCGAGCCGCACGUGACCGUCGUCGGAGCUAUCAGCCUGACGGAGAGCGAGGCACGUGACAAGUUCCGGAAGGCCUGCGAGGGCCUCAAGACGUACGAUGCCACGGUUUUGAAGGUGGACACUGGGACACACUUUUAUCAGUGUGUUUUUCUUCUACUUGAUCCGACCACUCAGGUUGUGGAGACUAGUGACCACUGCUGCAAACACUUUGGUUAUGAGAGACCAUCAGCGGCAUACAUGCCACACUUGAGCCUCCUUUAUGCCGAUAUCACGGAUGAGGAAAAGAAGAGAGCUCAAGAAAAAGCGUAUGCUCUUGACGAGAGCAUUGGCAGCUUGCGCUUCCCCAUAACUCGCCUGCUUCUGUACAAAACAGACACAGAAGACAAAAGCCUCAAGUCCUGGGAGAAGGUUGAUGAGUACAACCUCAACUCUUGCUAAGUUUGACAGAAUUGCAUGUACUGUUUCUACCAACCAGAGUAAAAACAUUAGCAGCUGCCAUGUUUGCCUAUGUUAAGCCUAAAUCCCUGUUUUACUUUUGUUCCUUUUCUUUUGGAUGCUUUGAUGAUCAGGGGUUCUUGUCUUCUUGAUAGAGCCUUUUGGCCUUGUUUUGUGAAGGAGCAAAUGAUAUAUAUAUAUUUAUCUUAAAUCUCCAAAUUUACCAUGAA